UGCUCUCCCAGCCGGCGGCGGCAGAGAGGGAUUUUCUAACCCGGGCUGCAGAUGCAGGGAGCAGGGCUGCAGAGUGAAACAGACACUGGUAGUCCGUAGGGAAGUUGUGGAAAGGAGGCUCGGCGCAACAUUUUAAACGCAUUCGAAAUAGUUUUGGAGUGUGUUUAUCGGACUCUCCGGGCGGUAACAUUUUCUUUUUUUUAGGAAAGUUUACUUUUUUGGGGGGUUCCUACAUCCGUGUGGUGAACAUGGGCUCCGUGCGCACACUCCCGGCCGGCCGGUCAGCGCUUCUUCUGGCGGGGCUGCUUGUAGCUCUGUGGCAGCUCUGCGGAGCAAGUUGUCCGGAGAAAGACUUGGAGGACCGGGAAGAGGAGGCCAACGUAGUUUUGACCGGCACUGUGGACGAAAUCACUAACAUGGACCCGGUGCACAAUACCUACUCGUGCAAGGUCAGAGUGUGGCGCUACCUAAAAGGAAAGUCCAACGUCAACAGAGAAAUCCUCCUGGCCGGCGGAAACAAGUUGAUGAUCGGCGGCUUCGGCAACCCCGGGAUCUGUGACAACCACGUGUCCACGGGGGACACCCGCAUUUUCUUUCUCAACCCUGCGUCGAAAUCCAUGGGCCCUGAACACAAGAACGAACUUAUGCUCAACUCCAGUCUGAUGAGGAUUACUCUGCGCAACCUGGAGGACGUGGAGCACUGCGUGGAAG